AUGCCAAAGAGAAAGAGUUUAAAUGGCAGGGAGAAGCGCCAGAGAGAUAAAUUGCGCAAAAGGGAGAAACGGGAAAAACAGACCCUGCCCUCACCAGAAGAAAAGCCACCAGAUUCUGCUAUCCCUUGUGGAUCAGCAGAUGGAGUUAUUAUGGCUCCACCCGGUAAUUUUCCGGGGCAAGGCUCAAUAGGGUUGCCGCCUUUUGAGGAAAAACCCUUGGCCAGGUUGCAGGCCUCUCUUCGCGAGAAAAUGCAACCAACUGCCCUGAGUAACGCAUCUUCUCAGGGAAGUCGUCUGUGUGCCCGAAACGGAGGCAUGGCACCGUCCCCUGACUCCCCACCGUGGGUUUGUACCUCGCCGAGGGUACCUGAGCCGGACACCGUGCACGUGUCUGGCUCAGCAGGUCAGGCGCAGCUGGAUAUGUCAUCCUCCAAGGGGGAUGAGUCCAGCAGGAGAUUGAUUGAUGCAAACCAGAGUAAAAGAACGAGAUCUAAAAAGUAUACUAAAAGGAAUUUACAUGAUGAAAAUGAGAAUAUAGACAGUGAAUAUGAGAAAAAUAAAUCAGAAUGCAGAAAUGAAAGACAAUGUGGUGAUGAAUUGGAUGAUGAUGAUUAUGCCUGUAGUACUUUUGAUGGACCAGUAUCAAUGUCUCAGGUAUGUGUUCAAGGUUCUUUUCAUCAGGGUGACUUGAUGUUUGGUGAAAAUGCAGGAACACAGUGUGUUGCAAACUCCUUGGCAGCUUUAGCUUACCAUAAACUAAAGAACUCUACACAAUGGCAAACUUCAGAUAUGAAUAAAGUAUUAGCAAUGGGUGAUGAGCUUUAUACAUACUUGCAGCGUAGUUCAACCAUUGUAAGUAGGUACCUUUUAGUUGACGAGCUACCUCAGUUUUUUGAAUGUUUUAAUGCUAUGUUUGAAUUCAAAGCACAUGGAUCCUUAUCUAGCCUGAUAAAUUUGUCUGAUACAGAGCCAAACUAUGAUGAUUUUAAUGCAUAUUCACUUUCAGAUGCAUUGCAAAUUUCUCUGGAAAAAACAAGUGGAUGUUUUGUGUGUUUCAUGGGAAAUACGUUUUUGGUUGGAAAAACAAUAGAUGGUUUAUUUACAUUCGAUUCACACUCGAGGUCACCUUUAGGAUAUAUGAGUGUAAAUGGAAGGAGUACAAGAAUACUGUAUAACUCUGUUCAUGAUAUUUACAAUCACAUUUUGUCAUUAGCAACAUCAAUGGGAUUUUCUGGAAUUACUGAAUGUGAAAUCACUGGUGUUGAUUGUUCAGUGAGACAGGUUGAAUCUACUGAUGAAGAUGUUAAAAUUGGGCAAAAAGAAAUUACACAGCAUAUUGAAGACUCUGAAGGGGCUUUUCAAGAAAGCACAAACAUUUUGCGUAUGAGCAUGCCAUCAGUUGCAGAUGAUGAUUGUGAAAUUAUUUGCUGUGAUAGGAGUGAAGUUAGGUUUUUGCCACUUUCAUUUAAUAAAAAGGUACACCUUUGUAAGAUUAUUGGAAUACCACAUUCAAAUAGAAUCGAUAACAAUGAACGGAAUUGCCAUGAGCAAGAAAUGGGUGCACCUGACAAAUGUGUUGAAAUUCAAAGGGAUGGAAACUGUUUUUUCAGGGCUGUUUCAUUUUGUUUGACUGGAGUGGAAGAUUAUCAUUACGCUAUACGAUUAGCAGUAUGCCUACAUCUUCUGCACAACAGUAUAUUGUUUGAAUCCUUUGUAAGAUGUGCAGAAAGUUCUGUAGAAAAUCACUUAGCAUUAACAGACAUGUCAAAAGAUGGUACAUGGGCAACUGAACUGGAAAUUCUUGCACUCUGUCAUCUCCUGAGUACUGAUGUCCAUACAUAUACAGAGAAUCGUUGGGUUAGAUAUUCAAGACAAAUGAUACAAAGUACAACAAAUGAUCAAUCCAGUGGAGCAAUUUAUCUAGAUCAUAAGAAUCAGAAUCAUUAUGAUGUAGUGGUGACUGUGGCUGAAAAAAACUCAGAUGGUUUCACGAAAACACAUUCCCUAUUGUACAGAAAAAAGUGUGGAAAUAGAAAUCGUAUGAGACAGGUUCGAAGCAUUUCAUCCAAAGAAAAAUCCAGAAAAAAUCUUGAAAUGAAAGCAAGGAAAUUGAAUUCUAUGGAAAAGAAAUUAAAAGCAGCAAAACUUAAGUACAAAACUGACCUUAACUUUAGAUUAAAGGCAAUAGCAAAUGGGAAAAAGAGAUACAAAGAAGAUGAAAUGUACCAAGCAAAGACAAAGCAGAGGAGUGUAGAAAAAUACAAUUUGAGUGCAGAACACAAGUUCAAAGUUAAGGAAGCCAGUAAAAGGAAAUACAUAACGGAUGAAAUUCAUAAACAAUAUAAAAAGAAAAGAGGUAUUGAGAAAUAUAGAUCAGAUAUACUGUAUAGAAGAAACACUAAGCAAAGAAGUCGAGAAAAGUACAAGAAUGAUGAAGUACACAGAUUAGAUGUGAAACAAAGAAGUAAAGAAAAGUAUAAGCAAGACAAAGAGCAUCAACAUAAGGUUAAGAAUGCUAAUAAACUAAAGUAUAAUGCAAGUGCAGAUGAGAAAAAGAAAAAGAAGGAGAGUGUCUUUAACCAGAGACGGGCCCUACAUGUAAAACUUGAAGAUGAAGAUGAAGUUGUGAGAUUGUUUAAGGAGAGUGUAAGAAAUGGCCCAGAAUACACAUGUUGCUGUUGUAAUCGAUUGCUGUUUGAUCAUCAAGUCCAAGGAUGUUCACUUGAAAUGUACAAAGGAAGACAAAAAACAAAUGAAAUUGCACAGACCUGCAUACAGAAAAAAUAUCAUGAGUGUACAUCGUCUUGUCCAAGGAAGUGCCCAAACUCGUCUUUGUGGAUAUGUUUUACCUGUCAUAGGAAAAUAUUGAGUGGUAAUAUUCCAGCAGAGGCGGCUGCUAAUAAAAUGUCACUAGAGGAUAUUCCAUGUGAACUUCAGAAUUUAAACAGUUUGGAGCAGCAUUUAAUUGCUUUACAUAUUCCCUUUAUGAAAGUGAUGGCGCUUCCACAAGGUGGUCAAAGAAAUGUACAUGGUCCUGUAGUAUGUGUGCCAUCAAAUAUUAAAAAGACAUCAAGUUUGCCAAGAAAUCGGGAUGACAAUUUAUUGUUAAGAGUUAAGUUAAAACGAAAGCUAGCUUACAAGGGCUAUUUUGAAUACCAGUUUGUAAAUCCAAAUCACAUAAAGAUAGCUCUUGAUUAUCUUAAGAAGGAGAACAAAUGGUAUAAGGAUGUAGUGAUCAAUACUACAUGGGAAGGAAAUAGUGACGAAAAUGAUUUGUUGCCGAAUGAGUUGACUGAAAUAGCAGAUUCUCAUGAGGAACUGAAAGAAGAAGAAAGCGAUUACAUUCAAGAGGUUGUUACUGACACCUGCUUACAGCCUGUCGAUGUUGCACAGGAAGUUCUUGAUCAUUACUUUGACGAUAUUUACAAUAUUGCACCAGGUGAAGGGAAAAAUCCAAUCCGAAUGUUACAAGAAGAAGGAAACGAAGCAAAGACAUUUCCACAUUUAUUUCCAAAUGGUAAUUUUUCUUGGAAUGAGGAUCGAGAUGUGAAGAUAAGUCUAUCAAGAUACUUUAACAACAGGCUUAUGAAUGCUGAUAACAGAUUUGCUAAAGACACAAAUUACAUUUUCUUUUCUCAGUACAUGUCAGAAUUGAACCAAGUUAUUGAGAAAACACAAAUUUCAAUCCGAAAGUCUUUAUCAAAGCUUGAUAAUGGAAAAGCAGUUACAUCUGAAAUGUUACAGAAUCCAGAUGUUCUGUCUGAUCUUCUUAAGAAUAAUGAGGCUUUACGUUUUAUGCAACCUAUUCGAGGAACUCCUGCGUAUUGGUCAGCUACUCAGAAAGAUCUUUUUGCUAUGCUUCGACAGUUAGGUAUCCCAACAUGGUUUUGUUCUUUUUCUGCUGCUGAGUUCAGGUGGAACGAAGUAAUUGGAUCAAUAUUGCAUCAUGAAAAUGAUUGUAGAUCCCCAUCGGAUUUAGACUGGUCAGAAAAAAGUGAAAUUUUGAGAAGCAAUCCAGUUUCUGUUGCCAGAAUGUUUGAACAUAGGUUCCAUAUGUUUCAAACGAAUGUUAUAUUCUCACCAGCAAAACCAAUAGGAAAUGUUAUUGAUUUUUUUGUGAGAGUAGAAUUUCAACAAAGAGGUUCUCCACAUAUGCACUGCUUGUAUUGGGUCGAAAAUGCACCGAAAUUUGAUGAAGACAAUGAGGAAACUGUUUGUGAUUUUAUUGACAGGUAUAUAACAUGCGUAGUGCCAUCUGAAAAUGAAGAUCCAGAACUUCGAAGAAUUGUUUUAGGAGUUCAACAACAUAGCAAAAAUCACUCAAAAUCGUGUAGGAAAAAGGGAACAGAUUGUAGAUUCCACUUUCCAAGACCACCCUCAGAAAGAACAUUUGUUACUAAGCAAUGUGAAGAAGAUGUUGAGGACUCUGAGAAUAAAAGUGGAAUGUGUAAAUCUCAGGCAAAAGAUAUUUUAUUGCAUGUUUGGAAUGAAGUUCUUGAUGAUGUGAAUGGAUGCAAAACAACACAGGAAAUAUUUUCUGACAUGAAAUUAACACAAGAUGUUUAUGAACUUGCACAUCGGGUGCUAUCUGCGAAUACAAGUACUAUCUUGAAACGAAAUCCAGUAGAAAUGUGGACAAACCAAUACAACGCAUGCCUUCUCAAAUGCUGGGAUGCCAAUAUGGACAUACAGUACAUUCUUGACCCAUUUAGCUGCAUUGUGUACAUUAUUUCAUACAUUUCAAAGUCAGAACGCGAAAUGGGAAUGCUACUGAAACAAACACAAGUAGAAUCAGCAGAGGGAAAUUUAAGUGCUCGUCAAACGAUAAGGAAUAUUGGAUCAGCUUAUCUAAAUCAUAGAGAAGUGAGUGCCCAAGAAGCAGUGUACAGAGUUUGUAAUCUAAAAAUGAAAGAGUGUUCAAGGAAAGUUGUGUUUGUCCCUGUUGGUGAAAAUCCAACUCGAUUAAGUAAACCCCUUUCACAAAUGAAAAGAACAAAUAAGGACGAAAAUAAUAUGGAAGAUGAUGACGACAGUAUUUGGAUGACAAAUAUUGUGGAGAGAUAUGAAAAUCGCCCUGAUCUACAUCCCUUUCCUGAAAUGUGCCUUGCAGAAUUUUGCUCUGAGUAUCGUGUUCUUGCGAAAUCGCAGAUUCCCAAGGUAGAAAAAGAAGGUGUUUUUGAAUUGAAAAAUGCAAAUGGUUACAUUCAGAAAAGAACAAGAGCCAAACCAGCCGUAAUCAGAUAUCCGAGGUUUAAUCCUGAGAAUGCAUCAGAGAAGUAUUUUCAAUCGGCAAUACAGCUUUACCUUCCAUAUAGCACACUAAACCAACUGAAACCACCAGGAUUUGAGUUUUUUCAGACAUUUUAUGAAAACGGGUUUGUCAGACUUCGAUCUGAGAACGAAUUAGAAUCUGUCAGAAAUGUGGUUGAAAAAAAUCGUUGUUGUUUCUCAAAGAAUGAGGAUGCCUUACAAAAUGCCCAAGAAACUUUAGAAGUUUAUGGUGAACCUGAAGAUGCAUGGGCUAACCUUUGCCCUGAAACUGAAAGAAAUCGGGAAGAUUGUAUUAUAGAAAAAAAGAGAAGAGAACAAUUAGAUAAUAAAGAACCAGAAAUCACACAUGAAGUGGAAUGUGACGGCGCUUUGGACUUGAUAUAUCAUAUCAGGGAAAGCUUUAACUCGAGGCAAGAAGUCCUUCCUUUGUUGCGAAGUUUAAAUGAAAAACAAAAGCAGAUUUUUUACUUAGUUCGUGAGUGGUGUUUGAAAAAAGCGGCUGGUAGGAAAAUAGAGCCAUUACAUAUUUUUGUUACCGGAGGUGCAGGGACAGGAAAAAGCCACCUGAUCAAGACUAUACAGUAUGAGGCUUCUAGAGUAUUUGAAAAAACCGUUUCGACUCCAUCAGAUUUGUCUGUUCUCCUCACAGCUUUUACUGGAACAGCAGCUUUCAAUAUUGGAGGAAGCACAAUUCACCACGUAUUUUCAUUAACUAAAGCUCUUCCCAUUCCAUACGAACCUCUGAAAGAACAAAGUUUAAGUGCAAUGAGAGUUAGGUUAGCUUCUUUGCAGAUUUUGAUCAUUGAUGAAGUGUCAAUGGUUUAUAAACGACUCCUCUACUACAUACAUGAACGUCUGGUGCAAAUCAAGAAAUGUAAGGAACCCUUCGGUGGUAUUUCUGUCAUAGCUGUUGGUGAUUUUUACCAACUACCUCCUGUGAAACAACGAAAAGUGGAAAUAUUGUACAAAGAAAAUGAUGAAUAUCCCGUAGAUUACUGGAUAGAGUUUUUCAAAAUCAUAGAGUUGGAGGAAAUUAUGAGACAACGUGAAGACGCAGCAUUUGCCACGGUUUUGAAUUCACUACGGAUUCGAAAGAUAGAGGAACCCCUAUCAGAAGAUGCGAAAACAAUGUUAAAAGAAUGCAUUAGAGAUGGUCCAGAUGAAGUACUGCACGUGUAUCCUACAAAUGACGAAGUAAAUGAAUACAAUCUGAAGAUGUUGCGAACAAACUGUGAAGAAUUCAUAGAGAUUACAGCUGAAGAUUAUCAGAAAGACAAAACUACAGGAAAGCUGACUUUACGCGAGAAACCGUUCAUAAGAACAAGAACUGAUGGUCUCUCUUCUUCUUUGCUGUUUUCUGUGAAUGCUAGAGUGAUGUUGACAAGAAAUAUUAAUGUGGAAGAUGGACUUGUUAAUGGAGCAAUUGGUUAUAUUUCAGCUUUUGAAUUGGGAACAAAUCAGAAAAGAAAUAGGGUAGAAGGAAUCAGAAUUGUUUUUGAAAGCAAAGAGAUUGGGAAACUGCAAGGGAAGAAGACAUGUCAUGGAAAUGAAGUACUGAUUCAAAGAAUACAAGAAGAUAUCAAAGAAAAAAAUACAAAGAAUGUUGUUCGACACCAGUUUCCUCUGAAACUUGCGUGGGCAUGUACAGCGCAUAAAGUUCAAGGCAUGACAGCAAACAGUGUUGUUGUAAAUUUAGAUCGUACUUUCGCCCCUGGACAAGCAUAUGUUGCCAUUAGCCGUGUCACUUCACAAAAAGGUUUAUACAUAGAAACAAAAGAUGAAAAUGAAUUGCCUAAAAAAAUUUACGCAAAUCCGGAUGUAAAAUCGGCACUGGAAAAAAUGGCAAAAUUAAUCCCUGAACAUGAUUCUCUGAACUUGCACCCAAAAGAUGGAAAAUUCAAAACAAUUGUUUUACUCAAUGUACAGAGUCUAAGAGGACAUUUUCUAGACCUGAAAAGUGAUACGAGAUUUCUCCAUGCAGACUUUAUAUGUAUAACAGAAACAUGGUUGACAGACAAUGAGAGUACCAAAAACUUAGAAAUUCAUGACUUUGAAUAA